AUCCAUUGAAAGAGGUCAAAAAUGAGAAACCAUACAGAGAUAACAUUAUUCAUUCUCCGGGGACUGACAGAUGACCCACACCUGCAGGUUCUGCUUUUUAUCUUUCUGUUUCUGACCUACAUACUGAGUGUAACUGGGAACUUGACCAUCAUCACUCUCACGUUGGUGGAUCCCCACCUUAAAACCCCCAUGUACUUUUUCCUGAGGAACUUUUCCUUCUUGGAAUUGUCAUUCACAACUGUCUGUAUUCCCAAAUUCCUUUACAACAUGUCAACUGGGGACUACACUGUGACCUAUAAUGAAUGUUUCACUCAGUUAUUUUUUGGUAUCCUCCUUGGGGCCUCAGAGUUUUUCCUCUUGGCUGUCAUGUCUUAUGACCGCUAUGUAGCCAUUUGCAAACCUUUGCACUAUGCAACUAUCAUAAACAAUAGGGUCUGUAACCAGCUCCUCCUGGGUUGCUGGUUGUCUGGGUUGACGAUCAUUAUUCCCAUACUUAGUUUGGGUCUUGAGCUAGAAUUCUGUGAUUCCAAUAUCAUUGACCAUUUUGUCUGUGAUGCAUCACCAUUGCUGGAGAUCACAUGCUCCGAUACACAGUUCAUAGAUAGAAUGAUUUUAGGUUUGGCUGUACUGACACUCAUCUUCACCUUAGUGUUGGUGGUUCUGUCUUAUGCCUAUAUUGUUAAGACUAUUCUGAGAUUUCCUUCAGCUGAGCAGAGGAAAAAAGCCUUCUCCACUUGUAGCUCCCACAUGAUUGUUGUCUCCAUGACUUAUGGAACCUGCAUCUUCAUCUAUGUCAAACCUUCUGCAAAAGAAGGGGUGGCUUUGAACAAAGUUGUAUCAUUACUUGCAACUUCAGUGGCUCCAGUAAUGAACCCCUUUAUUUAUACCCUGAGGAAUAAACAAGUGAUACAAGCUUUUAGGGACACAUUCAACAGGAUUGUAUUGAAUUCAAAAUUAUAA